AUGCCCAGCCAUGGAGCAAGACGAGGGCGGCUUAAACUUUGUAGCAGCUUCUUGGUCAGUGUGGCUUCCGUGCUUCUGUUGCAGGAUCAGCUGUGCAAUUUUGUGAACACUAACGGCCCUCGAAGAAGAAGAAACUUGGUUCAUCAUGCUUUCUUCCAGGGGGAUGGGUUCCGACCGGGUGAAACCAUACCUUUCUCCCAGAGCAGCACUAACGAUGAAGCGAAGGGGGGAAACCAACGGAAAGGAGGUGCGGAUGAGAUUGAUGAAGAUUCGGCUAUUUUCAACACCGGCGAGUUCAAUCCGUAUGAGAUCUUGGAUGUUUCUCCUUUUGAUGAGAUUGGUGAGGAUGAGCUUCGUGCUGCUUUCCGGAAGCAAGCCAAAAUCUACCACCCGGACGUACCCAAAACAGGAGACACGGAGCGUUUCCAGCUUAUCAAGCGUGCAGUUGAAGAGCUUGCAUCAUUGGGAAUGGUCGGGGAGUGGAAAUCCAAAGUUGCCGAACCCAUUAAUCGGAAAGAGCGAGGUCAGACCGUGUCUGAGGACUACUGGGAGCUGCGUGGACGUGACUUCUUUGCAGAGCUGGAGACAGAGUUGACAGAUGAAUUGAAAAUGAGGUUCAAUGAGUCCGACAAAGACCUUUCUGACGAUCAGCUCCGAGGGCGUUUGCAGAAAGAAAACGAGUACUGGGAAGAGUUGCGAGCUCGUCAAGCAGACCAAGAUAUCCUCGACAGGGUGCAAGACUGGAUGGAGAGGAAGCGUGAGCAGCGGCGACUUUUAUUGCGACAAAGGCUCAGAGGGGUGACGAAGUCCCGAGAACUCGACAUUCCGUCAGAACCGGCUUCGCCAAAGACAUUGCGAAUUGUAGAACGCCGCAUUGCUCAAUGGAUAGGUCUUCCUGAGAGCAUGCUUAUAGACAUGACGCUUGAUGAAAUCGGAUUCUUCGAUCCUUCCAGUUGGGACGAUGUUUGUGUCUGCUUAAUGUUACUAGAAGAAGACUUCGAUGCUGAUCUUGUAAAUGUACUGGAAAAGAGGGGUGAGAAAGGGAAGAUACAGUUGCCGCAGUGGGUUAAAACGAUUUCAGACUUUGCUGAUUUCGUGGAGCUGAAGCUGUAG